AAAAAAAAACCGAAAAAACCAACAAGUAUUUAUGAAUGUAUGUAAUUUUCAUAUUAUUUACGUACAUCUCAUGAAUUUUCUGCCUAUGUCAUUUUUAGUGUUUUACAAUAAGCCAAUAGUAUGGAAUCAAAGUUUUAAAGCUAACAGAAAACCAAUUACUGUGAAAAUAUAAAUACAAAUAAAAAUUACAAAAAAAAUGUCACUAUGUUAAGUCUGGACCUCUGCGAUAUAUCGGAGCAUACGCCAAGGCACAGGCUCAACUGGAAGCUUGAUGCCCUGGCUGGAUCAUGACUGGAUCCAGGCAGACAUGACUACAAAAAUACUUUAAACAAAUAGGAAAAUAAUUAACGUCAAGAGGAGUCGCCCGCUGCAGUCGUCAAGUAAAUAUUGUAAAAAGAAUUGUAGAACAUAUUUGAACUUUCAUUCCAGCUAAGCUCGAGCCAGGCCGCCUUUGGCAGUCUGUGUUAGAAUUGUCACAGCAAAUUUUAAAAAUUCAUCGAAAAAUGUCAUACAUCUCAUCAGUAUUACAAUAUCAGUUGAACCGUGCCGGAGCUCCUGCAAAUUAUCUAAUAGAUUGUGAUGACACCUUGUUUUAAAGUGCUUAAAAUUUACAAGAAGCUGAAGAGGAAUUAAAUGCUAAUAUUCUUGCUUUUCAUGCUGUGAUGCAAAUCUCUCUCUCUCUCUUAACAACUCGUACGCUUUUAAUUUUUGGAACUAAGCACUGUCUGGUAUAUUCAUAUACAUAUCAAGACCUGCGAGCCUGGCAUUAAUCCAUUAAUCCAAGCGGAAAUUACAUGAGAAUGCCAAAAGAUUCAUCCAAUUACGUGAAGUCCAGGACGAAACACCGCAAACGCGUGGCAUCUUUGGCAAUAUGCGGCAUCAGGAUAAUAUUAUUUGGCUGCGCCUUGUCUACGUUAAUGAGGCCUACUCAAGCAGAAGUCAAAGAAUUGACAGCCGAAGAAGUGGACAGUGUCAUAGGACCGCGCUCGGACAAUGCCAACGCCGGCGAGCAGAUGGGACAUCUUCACUUUCCUUCGAUAGAAUAUACCCCAUUCGAAUCGAAGGCAAACUAUACCGAAGAAACAAUUUACUCGACUGCGUUCACAGAUAGUCUGCACGGUUUCACCCACAGUCUAUUUGAUAAGAUCGUAGUCAGAGGGCAUUUAAUACCGCCCGGCUACAUAAUGGUCAAGAAUGGCGACACUUUCGCUCUGGGACCCAACGUGGAAAAAAAUGAUUGGCGCACUCUUCUAUCGGAGUAUUUUGUAGCACUUUUCUUGGUGAUAUUUCUGCUCGUCCUGAUAAUUAUCAUGCCUUUUUUGGGGGUCUGCUAUUGCUGCUUCUGCUGCUGUAAACGUUGCUCACAAGGAUGUCCGUUCUGCGAUAAAAAGGACGACGACUGCAGACGCCUGAUCUGCGGUAUUAUACUUGCCAUACUUUUAAUUGGAGUUCUUUUCGGAAUGAUCGUUGCCAUUGCCUCGAAUAUAUUAUUGGACCACGGUUUUGAAUACACAAGAGAGACCAUGCGUCGCGCCAGCCAAGACACUUGCACCUUCUUGCGCGAAACAUCCAACCAUAUUGAACAUUUGCUUGUGCGUAACUAUCAGGAGAUGGAUACGCAUAUGACCGACAUUUUAAUAAAUGCACAUCAUCACGUAUUCAUGGACCUGUUGCAAACUUCGCAAGCCGAUGUAUUGUUUGAUAUCGAGCGCAUAUUGAAUAGCAUGCCAAAAGCGUUGGUUCUGUUCCGGGAAGUGCACAAAUUGGAAAAGGAUUUGCGUUUCUAUGGCGCACAGCUGCGUGAUGGAUUGCGUUCUGUUAAGCGUGACCUGUCGUUUGCCCUUGCUGCGCUGUGUGGCAAUCGGGAUUGCCUGAACUUCUUGAAGGGCUCAAAUAUCGAGACGCUGGAUACGUCCAAAUGUCUGCACUUCGAUGAGCUGCCUGUGUCCUCCAAGUAUAUUCAUUUGGUCGAUGAGCUUAUUCACAACGAUACCGCCAAUAUACCCAGCGACGCAAUUUAUCGUCUCCAGUCAAUAGGGGUAUACAUUAAGCAAGCCAUAGAUCCUGUGACCCCGCCCCUAAUACGCGAUCUGCACGAGGGCAUCACUCAGUUUCACAACCAGGCCCAAAAUAUGCGCAAUAUCAUCGAUUCCGUGAUAAGCCACAUUCACUUUGAAACGCUUAAGGGUACCAAAUCGCUCGAUGAUGUCUACGACAAAUUUGGAGUCUAUCGUAAAGGCUCCAAUCUACUUAUUUGCGUCAUGCUGGGAAUCGUACUCUUUCUUCUCAUCCUCGCGCUGAUAUUCGGCUGCCUUGGGCGCCUCAGACAUAGCCAGGCCGUGAUCUUCUGCAGCAAGGGCACCGGAGCUAUCUUUCUGUUUUUUGCCAUAAUAUUGAUAUUCUGCGUGUUGUCGGCCAUCUUGCUGGUUGGCCUAUUUUACUUUGUCAUUGGCCUGAUCACGUACCAGGGCGUCUGUGCGCCGUUGCGGGAUGAGACAAAGAACGCGUUCUUCCGCCAGAUGGACGCGACCAUUGAUCUGCAGCAAUAUUUUCCAAAAAACGAUUCGAACUGGCAACCAGCCGCACCGAUGCACAUCUCGGCUGCCAUCGAGGCGUGCGAGGCAAACGAAACGAUCUUCAACUUGCUGCAGCGGAACAAUUUGUACGAUGUCAACGAUCUGGUGCGCAUAGAAGUUAUCGCAGCUCAUCCAACGCCAAAUGGAACCAUAUUUCCGGCGAAUGUGUCCACCUAUGAGGUGCUCACCCAGCAGGAGAAGGACGGUCUAAAUGUGGCGGCGCAAAGCAAUCUGUCGGACUAUCACAGUUCGAUAUUCCUAAAGCAUUUAUGCAAAACGGUGGCACCUGUCGACCUGCCCAGAAUGAUUGCUCAGCUGAGAAAUUUGCGAUCCGGCCUGCCCAGCGUUUGGGGUAUCUACGACACGGCGAUUAUUGCCUUGGGCAACCAGGCAUUCGCCCUGGAGAAAUACAACAAAGAGCUCGCUGAUAGGGUUCGAUCUACUCUCAUUAAACUGACCAAUAAACUACUCGAGAUCGAUAGACUUAUACUGUACGAGGACAGACCGUUCGGCGAGUCUAUCGAGAAGCUAAUCCAAUUGGCGGAUGCCUCCGAAGUGUACCUCAGAAAUUCGUCCGAAUCGCUUGUCAAUGCACUACGGCAGAAUCUCUCGCUUUUUCUUGAAGAUGAGGUCGCCAACUAUAUCGAAAUGGUCGUCAAUUUCUGCAAUCGCGAUGUUGGACGCUGCGCACCACUUGCCUACAUAUAUUACCGUGGUGUGGACCUGAUUUGUCAUCGUCUUGUCGAUCCAAUGAAUGGUUUCUGGUUGGGCGUCCUGAUCUGUGGUGUGCUGCUCCUGCCAAUCCUGUUUGUGGCCCAUCGCUUGCUGUGCCUGUACAACAAGAUUUAUCCGUCUUCGACAGCAGCUGUCGCCGUGGCCGCGGGCGGCUGUCCAAUCUGCACAGGCGGCGGCUUACCUGGAUUACCUCUAUUGCCAAUUACCUUCGGUGUAUGCAAUGAAUUGGAUGACAAUCGUUAUACGGAUAGAAAUGCUGCCGUCAGGCCACCAGCAGCUGCCGACGAGCUCGAGAGUUUGGAGUCGCCGCUGUCGAUAAGCAGCAAGCAUAAACAAGAAUAACAAAUUACAAUUUAACUAAACCCAUAUUUUCUUGUCCGUUCUUUAAAUGUAUAUUUAAUCGAAUGUUUUUUCUGCAUUGUGAAUAUAACUAAAGUAAUAUAUUUUUCACAUAAUCAAAUGUACGAACUGCGAUGCUCCUGUUCAGCUAAGAGUUGCUGCUGCUGUUCGCCUGGUAACCAAAAUAAUAGCAUGAUUGCAGUCGAAAUAAAAUACCAGGCGAACAGAAUCGACAGUUCGUUUAUGGGAUGCUCCUGUUCAUCUAAGAGCAAAGCCUUCAGCCUACUGUUCGCCUGGUAUAGAAAUUAAUAGCAUGACUGCAGUCAAAAUAAAAUACCAGGCAAACAGCAGCGGCAGCUUCCUAAACUCAAUAAUAAUCUUAAAUGUUAUUCUUGAAUUACCAGGUGCCAGAGAUCAAGAAAGCAUUGAUUUGAUUACUUCGCUUAUUCUAACUUCACUUGCUGAGCUAAGAAAAAUAAGCUGUCAUUGCUGUUCGCCUGGUUUAUUUCGACCAAUAUAAUCCGUUUCUUAUCCUUUUCGACCAGAGUAUUACUGCCUUUGGAAAGCUGUGCUUCAACUGUCACAUCAAAUCCCAACUGCUGAACUCCUGUAAUACAUUUGAUCAGUUUUACAAAAGCAUUUGAACCGUAAGGUAACCUCUUUCUAUAUCUUUUUAGUGUUUUUUACACACAGUUUAUUUUACAACAUUAAAUCGUGUUGGGCAAUUAUCAAAGCGCAGGAGUCGUGGGUGUUGGAUGGCCACAUUUAUAAGGCCAGGCUGCAGAAUGGAAAUUGGUUCCUUUAAGUGGCCCAUUGGCUCUGAGGGUCAUGGCACCACCCAUGAGAAGCAAUAUCCGAAUGCAAAGUUUAGCCAAUGUAGAUCGGAGACACACUAUGACAAAGAGCCUGACCUUUCCGUUUUGGCUCUGAGACCCAUUUUUCACGUCAUGCACACCAUAUUCGAUAAGCUGCAUUGGACGAAAUUACCAUCGGGCUACGUUCAGGUCAAUUACGAUAUGUCCUUCGCCUUCGGGCCCAAGGUAUUGCGAAAUGAUUGGAACGAGUUGUUGGCGCAUUAUUGGUUGGCAUUCUUGGGUGUGGUUUUAAUGAUCAUUCUCAUUAUUAUCACGCCCCUCAUAGGCAUCCUUUAUUGCUGCUGCCUUUGCUGCUGUCGACGUUGCCCGCAAGAAUGUGAAGCAGGAUCACAAUAGGGAAAAUAGUUAGUGCCUGGUUUUUGAAAAUUCCACCUGCAAGCGUGAAAGAAGCGCGGAAAACGUUUACCAUUCGAUUGGGCUCAAGUUCAUUAUCAACAAAAAUCCUUGUGCUAAUUCAUUUUAGCAGUGCUUCACACCUUUAGCAAAGUGAACUGCUUGACGGAAAUGUGGUUCAAAGUUUCGCCAGAAUGGCUUCUGCUCUUCUUGCCUAUCAAGAUUUAUCCUAGACUAGCUGUCGCCGCUGUCGAGGGCGGAGAUGUGAAAUCGGAGUCCAUCUGAAGGCGACUACGACGGAGGCAGCAGCAAGCACCAACACGAAUAGCAAAUGCAAAUUCACACUCGAAAAUAGCAAGUUUUUCAUCAGAAUUCACAUAUAUUUCUUUAAUAUUUUAUUUAAUUAAAUGUAUCCAAGUAGCAGUUGUCGCAAUAACACUGCUUAGGUUAUUUUCAUGAACAAAAA